AUGGCAGAAACAGAUAUAUUCAAGUCAGUGAAUAUUACAGCUAACAGAACUGAACUAGUGGAGGAGCCAUGGACCAGGCUGGAGAAGUCUGUGAUUGUGGUCAUUCUUAGCAUCGAGACUGUGCUGGGAAUUCUGGGAAAUGGUCUCGUCCUGAUUGUUAAAAUGGUGUGUAAGGAUCAAUUUCAGUGUGUUUACUGGCUCCCAUUUGUCAGUCUCACACUCUCGGACUUGUGUUGUGCCAUGCUGAUAAUGACCGGUUCCUUACUGGCUGUCUUGACCGGAGGUCAGAGUUCGCCGUGGUGUGAAGCGGUCAGCCUGUUCAAGUUCACCUUCAUCACAUCCUCAAUCGGUAGCGUAGCACUCCUCUGUGUCCAGCAGUAUAUGGGCCUGCUCUCCACUAGAAGAUGCUUCUUUGUCAUGCUAAUAGUGGCAUGUUUGGCUUCCUGGUUGUUAGGUGCUGUGUUCGGGAUGGUGCCAGUGAUCUACGAUUGGGUUAGGUUUGACCCUGCGGAGAUGUUGUGUGCUGUGUUCUGGGAGAACAGUUACUCUGACAUGCUGGUUUACAUACUCUGCGCCUUCAACAUAACAAUGCUCCCAUGUUUGCUGCUCAUUAUCAUCUGCUCCUUUCUGACUUGGGCUGGCUAUGGGAAGAACUGUGCCAGUCAGACAGACUUGUCAUCCGUCACGCCGCUAUUGGUGGGAACUUAUCUUCUCUGCUAUACUCCUUUCACUGCGUCAGAGCUUAUUCUUCUUGGGAGACUGGAUCUGUCACCAUCUCCUGAGUGGCUGAGAACACUUUCAGCAAUAAUGACAUAUCUGGACUGUUGUUUGAACCCCAUAAUUUACUGCACUAACCAAGACUUUCGAGAGGCAGUACUUGCACUUCUGUGGACCAGCAGAAAGUCAAGCUUCCCUGAACCCGUACUGACUAGCAUGACAAAAAUAGAAACAUAAUAUAGGUAUGAAAAAGAGAUGAUUGUGAGAAAUCAUGUAUGAAAAAUAAAUAUGAAUGAUUUUUUUAAGUGCUGCAUCUGUUGGAUGGGUUUUUGUACAUAUUUUAAAUUGGUUUGUCUCAUUACAACUGCAAGACAGUACAGUGAUUAAAGUAUUCCAACAAUUAAACAGUCUACACUGUAUAGGAGACUAUGAUGUCACAAAAUGGUGAACUGCAAUGCUCUGUAGGGGGUCACUUUCUGUUCUUGCUGUGUUUGAGAUUCUAGGAUAAAAACAUCACUAAGCUAAAGAGGUAAAAUAAAAUGUCUAAAUCAAUAAUUGCUCUCUAUAUAAAGUAUUUUAU